AUGUCGUCCACGUACCUCUUCCACAUACCCAUUCCUGCCCUCACCUCCCACCCUCACCCCCACCCACGGGUCCAUCCCACCUUCCCAUGCCUCAUCCCGAGAGCGCUCCGCUGGAGUCGCACAAGGCUCCAGUCCUGGAAGAUGCUGUCCCUCCUCUGCCGUUCCCUGCUGCUCAUCCUCGCUCAACAGUGCUUCAGCAAGGCUCAGAAUAAUGCACAGCUGAUCAAUGACAGAGGGAGGGCUGCAUCUGAGAGGAGGCAGUUCUGCCAGUGGCCCUGCAAAUGCCCCCAGAGACCCCACUGCGCCCCGGGGGUCAGCUCCGUGCUCGACGGCUGCGGCUGUUGCAAGACCUGCGCCCGGCAGAUCGGACAGCCGUGCAACGAGAGGGAUGUGUGCGACCCGCACAAGGGCAUGUACUGCGACUUCUCCCUGGACCAGCCGCGGUUCGAAGUGGGAGUGUGUGCCUACCUGAUGGCGGUGGGCUGCGACCUGAGUGGGGUUCACUAUGAGAACGGGGAGGCUUUCCAGACGUCGCCCCUCUAUAAGUGCACGUGCCUCGCCGGCGCCAUCGGCUGCGUCCCCGCCUUCAUCCAGAAGCCGGCGGCGCUGCAGGGCCCCGCCCCGCUGAGGGGCAGCGUGCCAGCAGGCCUGCUGGGCCACAACACGCUCCAGCAGCGCUCCAGCUACAUGUCAGCCUGGAAGAAGAACUGCCUGGUGCAGACCACCCCGUGGAGCCCAUGCUCCGUGACCUGCGGCCUCGGCAUCUCCGUGCGCAUCAACAACGACAACAACAAGUGCGAGAUGAGGAAGGACCGCCGCCUGUGCCUGCUGAGACCCUGCGACAAGACUGUGACGAGCAGCAUCAAGGUGGCAAAGGCUAAGACGUGUCGGCCCAAGUUUCAGGCCAAGAGAGCGGAGAAGCUGACGCUGUCGGGCUGCACCAGCACCAGGAAGUUCAAACCCACGUACUGCGGCACGUGCACGGACGACCGCUGCUGCACACCCAACAAGUCACGCAUGAUCUCGGUGACCUUCGCCUGCAGGGGAGGCUCCAGCACGCAGUGGAAGAUGCAGUGGAUCACUUCCUGUGUGUGUCAGAGGAAGUGCAGCGAGCCGGGAGACAUGUUCUCUGACCUGCGUCUGCUGUGACACACUCCCAUCAGGCCGAGGUCCGCAGAGGAAAACCCAGCUCAUCUCAAACUACAACGGGAAAAUCAAGAGAGAUGGCUUCGGUUGACAGUCGG